AAAGGCUAUCGCUUUCUUAUCGGUCGGUAAAUUAAAUUAGACUAUCUAUGCCUUCGCACAUGGCACCGUGAACGUGUUUCGGCUGAUACGAGUAUAAAUCGUUCACGUCCAAAUCCCUAGAUGGUGACUAUUGCAGUGACAUUUUUUUCUGUUAGUUCCGUGGAUUAGCAAAAAACCAGUUUAAUUUUUUUUUCGAGUUUUAAUUACAUCGAAUAGUGUAUAUGAAGUAUAGUGAAGCAUCGCCACAGGUCCAAAGCAAGGUCACAUUUGUUGUUGGUUGCUUGGAUUCGCGAUUUAUGUGAUAGUGCGUGUUUCUUUUUUUCUUUCUUCAAUCGUUCUGAAAGACUCAACAGAGAAGAGUUUUUGCCGGUCCGGUCGGUCGGUACACGGUCGUUCAGUUUGCAAUUCACAGUGCUGUUGACAAGAUGUUGUCACGAAGUGUGCUCUGCUUAGGCAGAUUUCAGCCGCAACAGGUUACUGGCAAACGUAAUUUACUUAAGAUCGUCAGCAGAUCUUCAAGUUAUGGAGCCAGUAGAUUGGCUCCGGAUAGUGAUCAGGCAGGAGGUGACAAAAAAUCGCUGGUAACCGCCGCCUCCAUAAUCGGAGGUUCACUUCUCACCUAUUGGAUUGUGAAAUACAUAAAAAAUGCACCCACAAGCGUUCAUGCCAGGCAAACCCCGCCCCACACAGGCACGGCCGUGGACAUUCGGAAGGCCCACAGUGAACUGCGAUCGGAUCUACCGGUUUACUCGAUGGAAGAGAUAGGCAAACACAAUUCGCCAGAGGCCGGAAUUUGGGUUACAUACGGUAUCGGUGUGUACGAUAUCACCAAAUUUGUGCCCAAACAUCCCGGCAGUGAUAAAGUUAUGCUUGCCGCAGGCAACGCAAUCGACCCCUUCUGGCACGUUUACCAGCAGCACAACACCGAACAGGUACUGCAGCUGUUGGAAUCCUUCCGGAUCGGUAAUCUAAAAGAGGAAGACAUCAUCAGUACGACGGAUCAGGCCGAUCCGUGGGCUGCCGAACCGAAACGUCACCCGAUUCUUAAGGCGGCCACUCAGCGGCCUUGCAAUGCGGAACCACCGUCUUCGGUGUUGGUGGAAAGUUUCCUCACACCGGCGGAAUUCUUCUACGUUCGCAAUCACCUUCCGGUGCCGGUGGUUGAUAUCGAGGAGUACGAGCUGGACAUUGAAGUCGAGUUGAGUGGAAAGCAGCGAACUUUGAAGUUCGACGAGUUGAAAAAGUAUCCGAAACACACCGUUACGGCCACGAUCAUGUGUGGAGGAAAUCGACGUGGUGAAAUGAUUGAGGUAAAUCCUAUCAAGGGAUUACCCUGGGGCUCUUCGGCUGUGGGUAAUGCCACAUGGACUGGAGUUCGACUAGUAGACCUACUGACUGAAAUGGGCGUUGAGAUGGAUGAAACCAGCCACGUCCACUUGGAAGGACUCGACACCGAUCCGACGAGCACACCGUAUGCAACAUCCAUACCGCUGUCCAAAGCACUGGAUCCGCGUGGUGACGUAAUCUUAGCGUACGAGAUGAACGGUCAACCUCUAAGUCGAGAUCACGGAUAUCCGGUUCGAGCGAUUGUACCCGGUGUCGUUGGGGCUCGUAACGUUAAAUGGCUAGGAAGGAUAGUGAUUUCCAAAGAAGAAUCCGACUCUCACUGGCAACAAAAGGACUACAAAUCAUUCAGUCCCAGUACAGAUUGGGACACGGUUGAUUUUGGGACUGCACCGGCCAUACAAAACAUGCCGGUAACGUCAGCCAUCUGCACUCCAGCCAAUGGCGAGCAGGUGCAGUCGAAAGACGGCUACAUCACUGUUAAAGGGUACGCUUGGUCCGGUGGGGGACAGCAAAUCAUUCGCGUUGAUCUGACAAGCGAUGGUGGAAAUAGUUGGGUAGUGGCCGAACUGGAUCAGGUCGAACAGAACACAAGCCGCGGUCGGCACUGGUCGUGGUCGCUGUGGACAGCGAAAAUUCCCGCCAAGCCUGGGCAAAAGCUAGAGAUAUGGGCUAAGGCGGUUGAUGAUAACUAUAACGUACAACCGGAGACGUUUAAGAACAUUUGGAACUUAAGAGGAGUGGUCAGUAAUGCCUAUAGUCGUGUUAAGAUUGAUGUGAAGUAAAUCAAGCGUUGAUGAAUGUAUACCUAGUAAAAUAUUUGAACUUCGAAAACGAAUUCGGCAAGAAAUGAUUCAUUCUUAGAAAAUUCUAUACAAAAUGUUUAUACAUUUUCUAUUCGUUGAUUGCAAAACUACAACGAAGUUCUGUUUUUGUGGCAAGAUGGCGUUAAAAAAUUAAGAAGCAACAAAUUUCAUGAUAUUUCAAAAAGAAAAAU